AUGUCUUCUCGCCAGUCCUCCCCGCAUGCCUCAGAACGCACGCCUCUUCUCUUGCGAACCGAGAACUCGGCGUCUGGAUCCAUCACUUCAACUGAGGUUAAUGCCAAUCAGCCGAAUGAUGCCUCGAUAGCAGAGCCCCUCGAGGAGACGUCCGGGAGGAAGCAGAAGAGGUGGCCCACGAUCAUAGCACUCACUGUGCUCUGCCUGGGUGCGGUCCUCGCAUGUUUUGGCUUCGCCCUUCCUCCGGUGAUCGAAGAAUAUGCGAAAGAAGCAGUGGUUUUUGAGCCCACAAACCUCUCGAUCGACUCGUUCGCAUCUUUCGGUGUACGGGCCAGGAUUCAAGGGACAUUCUACCUCGAUGCGAACAGAGUCAGAAAUAAACCAACAAGAGAUCUGGGAAGAUUCGGAACUUGGAUCGCAAGAGAAGUUCAAAGCGGCGAGUCAGAAGUCAAGGUCUAUCUAUCCGACUACGGCAAUGUCUUGCUCGGGACGGCGACAAUACCUCCAAUCAAGGUGAAUAUCCGCCAUCAUCAUCAAAAUCAUGUUGAUAUCCUGGCGGAUCUGGAGCCUGGGGAUGUGGACGGAGUUCGAAGGAUUGUGAGGGACUUUAUCGACCACAAGCUAGACAGGCUCACCGUCAAUGCGGUUGCGUCGGUCCCCGUGCGCAGUGGCUUGAUCAAGCUGCCCAGGCAGACAAUCUCCCAGAUCCUAGACUUUCAGGGUGACGAUGUCCCUACUGUCCCCAAGGCUGAGAUCCAGAGACUUCAAUUUGCAGAGUAUGGCAUGCCAGGACAUCCCGAGGGUCUGAAGGCGAAGGCAGUCGUUUCGGCGAUGAAUGUCUUUCCACUCAACCUCGACGUGCCUGCUUUGUCUUUUGACAUCCUCCUGCCAGACUGCUACGAUGACUACUUACUGUUCGCAACCGCAAAGACCGACGUUGUUCACAUCAAGCCCAGGCAGAAUAUCACUGCAAGCGUUGUAGGUCUGGUCCGACAACUCCCCACAUCGUUGACGGCCGCCUGUCCAGGAACCAAAACUUCGCCUUUGGACAGCUUGAUUGCCGAUUAUCUUGCUGGAAGAAACACGACCGUCUACAUUCGCGGAGGCAAGCAGGAUCCAGAUACACCUGGAUGGAUCGACAAGAUUUUACACGACACAGUACUGCCAUUCUCCCUCCCAGGUCAUCCCUUUGAUAAUCUAAUCAAGAACUUUUCUCUCUCGGACGUUCACUUCUCUCUGCCAGACCCUAUGGGGGAUUCUCGGCCCAAGAUCUCGGCUGUGGUAGAAGUUCUAGUGGGCUUGCCAGAAGAGGUCAAUGUCAACAUGGAUGUUGACAGAGUUCGAGCGGAUGCGGACGUGUUCUAUAAGGGGGACUUGCUCGGAAAAUUGGAUUUGAAGAAAUGGCAAAAAGCCAAUGCGACACAGGUUGGAACUGACUUGCUGAUACAGUCAGUCGUCGAUGAAGCACCAUUGGAGAUUAAAAACGAUUCGGUGUUUUCCGAUGUCGUUCAAGGGCUCCUCUUUGGCAGCGGUGUUUCCCUGUCUGUUCACGCAAAGGUAGACGUCAACACCCUUACUGCUUUGGGAGAAUUUGUGGUUCGAGGUGUGCCGGCACAAGGAGAUAUUUUUGUUCCGCCGAUCAUGGGAGAUUUUAAAAUGCCAGAAAUAAAGGGUAUGGAAGUUAUCGAUACGUCGGAAUCCGCAUUAACGCUGCAGGCAAGGGUUAAUGUAACAAAUCCUACCAACUACUCGGCCACGAUUCCAUACUGCAACGUCAGCAUCUGGGUAAACGAAACCCACGUCGGUUACGCAUGGAUGUCUGCUGCCAACAUCGUACCUGGCGCCAAUGAUCUUGUCGCCAGAGCAGCAUGGGAAGUUGGCGCUGUCGGGGGAGAGUGGCUUUCUCAGUACGUCUCUGGCUACAACAUAACGAUAACCGUAAAAAGCCACGCCGACUCGAUACCGAAUUUUCCAGACCCCAAGUUGGCGAUGACCGUCCCGGCCCCUCAAAUGUUUGGGCAUUUCUUGAAAGAAACCACGAUGCACCUGAUAUCGUCGACUGCAACGUUCGUUCUUGUGUCUCCUUUCGCCAUGUACAUUACCGAUAUCUCCGCCGCUGCGUUUUACAAUGAUUCGGAGGUUGGUACGAUUGACUGGGGCUACCCAUUCGCCAUCGAAGAAGGUGAAACAACCACACCAAAGCUUCCUGUUGCGUGGGGGAGUAAUGCCUUGGGCACCAUUCGAGACGCCUUGGGCGGCACGCUGAAGCUAGACGCCAAAGCAGAUGUCGGGGUCAGAAUCGGUCAAUGGCAAGAACGAAUAUGGUACGAAGGCCAUGGAUUGGGCGCCAACAUACGACUGUAA